GUAAGUGUCAGGUAUGCUAAGUGUUAUAUUUGUAAAAAUGAAUUAUCUGCAAAGCCCUCGGGUGGAACGGGGCACUUGAAGAGGCACGCCAUAAGUUGCAAGCGAAAGAGUGGAGCAGCCAUGAAGCAGACGGUGUUGCAGUACAACCCCGACGGCUCUGUUCAUCAUUGGGAGUACGACUCUGCCAAUGCUCGAAAAGAGCUAUGUCGCUUCAUUGCAAGAGCGGAUCUACCACUCAAUAUCGCAUAUAAACAGUAUUGUGUUGCAAUGGGUGUGCGUCCACGUAAGUUUGCUCUGGACAUGCCGCAUGGGGGUCAAACUUUACUCACGGAAGCGCAUUGGUUCUUCAUCAAGAAGUUCAGACUCUUCGUCACGAUCGUCUACGGGCACCGGAAUUCCAACAUCCGGAGGGGAGCUAACUACCUUCAUCGACAGUGACGUUAUCAGCCACGAACAAGAAAACUUCAACAUACUGCAAUGUUUCUUCUGAGGCUGCCUUCAGUCUUACAGGAAGGAUAAUCGAAGAGAGAAAAAUAAAUCUGUCAAGUGAGAUGGUUGAAAUACUCACCAUAGUAAAGGAUUGGGAACAAGCUGAAGCACGAAUGCAACACACUGCAGAAAAUACUGAGCUUGAAGAAUCAUUCCAAAAUUUGUAUCUAGAUGCUGAUGAGAACGUGUAAUUUUAAAUUUUCUGAGCUAGGUUGUACUCUUUUUUCCUUUGCUAGAAAGGUUUUUAAUGAGGCAACCUAUCAAUAAAGCUCAUUUUUAGAA